GUCCUGGGUGGGAAGACGCCGCACCCGGAAGUAAAGCGGCUCCGCGACGGAGCAGCGGUGCGCGCGGUAGGGCCCGGUAUAUCCCGCUUUCUUUGGAGGAAACCACCACAUCAAAUCUGCUCUGCGGGUGAGGCAGGCUACAGCCACUGGCACAGCUGACCAUGGCCCUUUCUGCGGAGACCGAGUCGCACAUCUAUCGAGCUCUGCGCACUGCUUCUGGGGCUGCUGCCCACCUUGUGGCCCUGGGCUUUACCAUCUUUGUGACUGUGCUUGCCAGGCCUGGCUCCAGAUCGGUACGGCUGCUUUCUUCUUGCCUCACCCCUAUGAGGCCUCCUCUUCUCAUUCCAGGCCUGUUCUCCUGGCACCCGGUGCUUAUGUCUCUGGCUUUCUCCUUCCUGAUGACCGAGGCACUACUGGUGUUCUCUCCUGAGAGUUCGCUGCUGCGCUCCCUCUCACGGAAGGGCCGAGCACGCUGCCACUGGGUGCUGCAGCUGCUGGCUCUGUUGUGUGCACUGUUGGGCCUCGGCCUUGUCAUCCUCCACAAAGAACAGCUUGGCAAAGCCCACCUUGCCACGAGGCAUGGGCAGGCAGGGCUGCUGGCUGUACUGUGGGCAGGGCUGCAGUGCUCAGGUGGGGUGGGGCUGCUCUAUCCCAAGCUGCUGCCCCGAUGGCCCCUGGCGAAGCUCAAGCUAUACCAUGCUACUUCUGGGCUGGUGGGCUACCUGCUGGGUAGUGCCAGCCUCUUGUUGGGCAUGUGCUCACUCUGGUUCACUGCCUCUGUCACCGGUGCAGCCUGGUAUCUAGCUGUACUAUGCCCUGUCCUCACCAGCUUGGUCAUUAUGAACCAGGUAAGCAAUGCCUACCUAUACCGCAAGAGGAUCCAACCAUGAGCUCUUCCCAGCCUAGGGAAGCCUGGAUUUGUCCCUCCAUGUAGGAGCUGGGACUAGGUACUUCUUGAACUCUCUCAGCUGACUGAGUCAGGCGGACACCUCAGGCACUGGGACAGUUGGAGGCCCAUGUGUGAAUUCCUGCUCCUCAUGUUGGAGUGCCUCCCAUUUCCUUCCCCUCUCUUCGUCAUCCCAAAGGAACAUAGGCAUCAUGUGUCUGGAUGAAGCUGGGGCUGCAGGACUGCCUCCCCUGCAAGGCAGCUCAUACUUGUACUCUAUGUCUAGAAAUUUCAGGAGAGGAAAAAGUAAAAAAUU